GCGCUCCGUGCCCGCGGCCGUGCCCGCGCCGGCGGCGGCCCCAGCGAGGGGCUCUGGGCUCUGCGCUCUGCGCUCCGCCGCCUCCAUGGAGCGCCGGCCGCGCCGCCUCUGAUGCCCGGCCCGGCGCGCACCAUGGGGCCGCUGUGGCUCUGCUGCCUGCCCCUCGCCCUCCUGCCCCUGCUCGCCGCCGUGGAAGAGACCCUGAUGGACUCCACCACGGCGACAGCAGAGCUGGGCUGGACGGUGCAUCCUCCCUCAGGGUGGGAAGAGGUGAGUGGGUACGAUGAGAACAUGAACACCAUCCGCACAUACCAGGUGUGCAACGUCUUUGAGUCCAGCCAGAACAACUGGCUCCGCACCAAGUACAUCCGCAGGCGAGGAGCACACCGCAUCCACGUGGAGAUGAAAUUCUCUGUCCGGGACUGCAGCAGCAUCCCCAAUGUCCCAGGCUCCUGUAAGGAGACUUUUAACCUGUACUAUUUUGAGUCAGACUUGGACUCGGCCACCAAGACUUUUCCUAACUGGAUGGAGAAUCCUUGGAUGAAGGUGGACACGAUUGCUGCUGAUGAGAGCUUCUCACAGGUGGACUUAGGUGGACGGGUGAUGAAGAUCAACACUGAGGUGCGCAGUUUUGGGCCCGUCUCCAAGAACGGUUUCUACCUGGCCUUCCAGGACUAUGGGGGCUGCAUGUCCCUGAUUGCCGUCCGUGUCUUCUACCGCAAAUGUCCCCGUGUGAUCCAGAACGGGGCCGUCUUCCAGGAAACCCUGUCGGGAGCAGAGAGCACCUCGCUGGUGGCAGCCAGGGGCACGUGCAUUGCCAAUGCUGAGGAGGUGGACGUGCCCAUCAAGCUGUACUGCAACGGUGACGGCGAGUGGCUGGUGCCCAUUGGCCGCUGCAUGUGCCGGGCUGGCUAUGAGUCCGUGGAGAACGGGACCGUCUGCAGAGGCUGCCCCUCAGGAACAUUCAAGGCCAGCCAGGGGGAUGAGGGGUGUGUCCACUGCCCCAUCAACAGCCGGACAACCUCAGAAGGGGCCACAAACUGCGUGUGCCGGAAUGGAUAUUACCGGGCAGACGCCGACCCCGUGGACAUGCCGUGCACCACCAUCCCGUCCGCCCCGCAGGCCGUGAUCUCCAGCGUGAACGAGACGUCGCUGAUGCUGGAGUGGAGCCCCCCGCGGGACUCGGGGGGCCGCGAGGACCUGGUGUACAACAUCAUCUGCAAGAGCUGCGGGGCCGGGCGCGGGGCCUGCACGCGCUGCGGGGACAACGUGCAGUUCGCCCCGCGCCAGCUGGGCCUCACCGAGCCCCGCAUCUACAUCAGCGACCUGCUGGCCCACACCCAGUACACCUUCGAGAUCCAGGCCGUCAACGGCGUCACCGACCAGAGCCCCUUCUCCCCGCAGUUCGCCUCUGUGAACAUCACCACCAACCAGGCCGCCCCUUCUGCCGUGUCCAUCAUGCACCAGGUGAGCCGCACCGUGGACAGCAUCACCCUGUCCUGGUCCCAGCCCGACCAGCCCAAUGGAGUCAUCCUGGACUAUGAGCUGCAGUACUACGAGAAGGAUCUGAGUGAGUUGAACUCGACCACAGUGAAGAGCCCCACCAACACUGUGGCAGUGCAGAACCUCAAGGCUGGCACCAUCUACGUGUUCCAGGUGCGGGCGCGCACCGUGGCGGGCUACGGCCGCUACAGUGGGAAGAUGUAUUUCCAAACCAUGACUGAAGCCGAGUACCAGACCAGCGUGCAGGAGAAGCUGCCGCUCAUCAUCGGCUCCUCGGCGGCGGGGCUGGUGUUCCUCAUCGCCGUGGUGGUCAUCGGCAUCGUGUGCAACAGAAGACGGGGCUUCGAGCGGGCUGACUCGGAGUACACGGACAAGCUGCAGCACUACACCAGUGGCCACAUGACUCCAGGGAUGAAGAUUUAUAUUGAUCCUUUCACCUAUGAAGAUCCCAAUGAGGCUGUCAGGGAAUUUGCAAAGGAAAUCGAUAUCUCUUGUGUCAAAAUCGAGCAGGUGAUUGGGGCAGGGGAGUUUGGUGAGGUGUGCAGUGGGCAUCUGAAGCUUCCAGGCAAAAGGGAGAUCUUUGUGGCCAUCAAGACCCUCAAGUCUGGCUACACGGAGAAGCAGAGACGGGACUUCCUGAGUGAGGCCAGCAUCAUGGGGCAGUUCGACCACCCCAACGUCAUCCACUUGGAGGGGGUGGUCACCAAGAGCUCUCCAGUCAUGAUCAUCACUGAGUUCAUGGAGAAUGGCUCACUGGACUCCUUCCUGCGGCAAAACGACGGGCAGUUCACGGUGAUCCAGCUGGUGGGGAUGCUGCGGGGCAUCGCCGCGGGCAUGAAGUACCUGGCAGACAUGAACUACGUGCACCGGGACCUGGCUGCCCGCAACAUCCUGGUCAACAGCAACCUGGUGUGCAAGGUGUCUGACUUCGGCCUCUCCCGCUUCCUGGAGGACGACACCUCCGACCCCACCUACACCAGUGCUCUGGGUGGGAAGAUCCCGAUCCGAUGGACGGCACCUGAGGCCAUCCAGUACCGAAAGUUCACCUCAGCCAGUGAUGUGUGGAGCUAUGGAAUAGUCAUGUGGGAGGUGAUGUCCUAUGGAGAGCGGCCCUACUGGGACAUGACCAACCAGGAUGUGAUAAAUGCCAUUGAGCAGGACUAUCGGCUGCCACCACCCAUGGACUGCCCAAAUGCCCUUCACCAGCUCAUGCUUGACUGUUGGCAGAAGGAUCGGAACCACAGGCCCAAAUUUGGGCAAAUUGUCAACACCUUGGAUAAAAUGAUCCGAAAUCCGAACAGCCUGAAAGCCAUGGCACCUCUCUCCUCUGGGAUGAACCUUCCCCUCCUUGACCGCACAAUCCCGGAUUACACCAGCUUCAACACUGUGGAUGAAUGGCUGGAUGCCAUCAAGAUGAGCCAGUACAAGGAGAGCUUUGCCAGUGCUGGUUUCACCACCUUUGAUGUAGUAUCUCAGAUGACUGUAGAGGACAUUCUGCGAGUCGGGGUCACUUUAGCAGGACACCAGAAGAAAAUUCUGAACAGUAUCCAGGUGAUGAGAGCACAGAUGAACCAAAUCCAGUCUGUGGAGGUUUGAUAGCUGCCUGUCCUCCCACUCCUCCUCCUUGAGGCCCUGCUCCCCUUUGCCCCUGUAUGUCCAAGCUCCAGUUCCUGAGUGUUCUGCAUGGACCAGAGACAGGCAGCUGCUCUGAGGAUCAUGGCAGCAGGAGGGAACACCCUGUCCUCAACAAUGAGAAGUUGCCAAGAGCUUCUAGAAUUUAAGCAAUGGAAAAAGGGAA